AUGUGCAUCAAGGAGAGUUUGCGGUUGCAUCCCCCCGCCGUGGGCAUUUCCCGCUGCUGCACCCAGGACAUUGUGCUCCCAGAUGGCCGGGUCAUCCCCAAAGGUGUUAUCUGCAUCAUCAGUAUUUUCGGGACCCACCACAACCCAUCCGUGUGGCCAGACCCUGAGGUCUAUGAUCCCUUUCGCUUCGACCCAGAAAACAUCAAGGAGAGGUCACCUCUUGCCUUUAUUCCCUUCUCAGCAGGGCCCAGGAACUGCAUCGGGCAGACUUUCGCCAUGACGGAGAUGAAGGUGGUCCUGGCGCUCACGCUGCUGCGCUUCCGCGUCCUGCCGGCCGGGGAGGAGCCGCGCCGGAAGCCGGAGCUGAUCCUGCGCGCAGAGGGCAGACUGUGGCUGCGGGUGGAGCCUCUGAGCGCGGGCCCCCAGUGACCCGCGGCCUCCGGACCCGGGAUCCACCCCGACCCCACACCUCACUGUGCAGAUUCCCAGCAAUAAAUCUGUGCUGUCA